AUGAGAAAGGUUGGAUACUUCCACACAGACUGUCUGGUACCUAUGGUAGGAAACAACCCUUAUGCCACCAGUGAAGACAAUGCAAAGGAACUGAGCACAAAUGCAGAAGUGUAUUCAUUGCCCUCCAAGCAUCUCACAGUUCUCCAGAUCCGAUCACCAAUAAUAAAGAAAAAUUCACGGUGUUUUCGCCAAGUCCUAAUAUCCUGGAUUAAGAAGUGUGGCUUUUCCAAAGUGGUGCUUCUCUCAAGCAGCCAUGCUUAUCGGCGAGAUGACCAGCAACUUUUUGGGACUCCAUACCGAUAUUUAGUCACUUCAGCUUUGCAACCAUCUGUGACAGACGUGAUGAAAGAACUUGAAUGGAAGGAACUGGAGAACAUUUCUUUAUACCCAGGCAUUAAUGAUGAAGAGAAAAAGAUGUCUAUCCCUGGAGGAGGCUUUACCAAGCAGAUUUUUGAAGACUGCUCCUCAGAAGACAUAAAAAUGGCUGUUGUUUUAAAAUUCUGUUCAGAAGGUGACAACAUUCCUGAUGCCUUUGGUCUUCUCAAUCACCUCAACAAAUGGCUACAUUUGAUAGAACUUCCAGUAAGUAACCUUUACAGAUGGGAUAUGAUCAGCCAUUCUACUUUGUACCAAUCUAUUUGCAAAAUAUUCAGAUUAUGGAUCUCAUUUGUUUUAUCACACCCAAUCCAUUAA